GCUAGGCAGAAUUUUGGUCAGCUCAGCUUGAAUAUGCCUCUCUAAUCAAAAUAUCAUUUCACAAUGAUCAAUCACACCUUAUAAAAUGCUUAAAUGGAAACCAAUAAUGUUGGAAUUAGAAACCGGUAAGAACAUAAAAAUGGAAGGCGUGAAGGGUCCUGGAGACCAAAAUGCACCCAGAGACACAUACAAGAUCGCUUACAUAAUCCAUUUCUUGCUGGGUGCUGGCAAUUUGCUUCCUUGGAAUGCUUUAAUCACCGCUGUUGAUUACUUUGCGUAUCUAUAUUCAACCAAGCACGUUGAAAAGGUUUUCGCUGUAGCUUAUAUGAGUUCUUCAGUGCUGGUUCUGAUUGUUAUGUUGAGUUGGGGUGAAUGGAGUCGAAGGCUGAAUUUUAGAUUGAGAAUGAACUUGGGAUAUUCAAUGUUUGUGAUCUCUCUAAUGGUGGCUCCAGUUAUAGACUGGGCUUGGUGCAGCUCUGACUCAAAUGAACCACCAAAUGGAGCCUAUGCUGUGACAGUUGCAUCAGUCCUAGUCUGCGGGUUAGCUGAUGGCUUGGUGGGAGGAAGCUUGAUAGGAUCAGCUGGAAAACUCCCCAAAGAGUAUAUGCAGGCUGUUUUUGCAGGAACCGCUUCUUCAGGUGUUCUGGUUUCGAUUUUAAGGAUUAUAACAAAGGCAUCAUUUCCACAGACACCAAAGGGUCUUCGAUCAAGUGCUCACUUCUAUUUUAUUGUUGGCACCAUUAUCCUCAUAUGCUGCAUACUUUCUUGCAACUUGUUAUACAAGUUACCGGUCAUGCAGCAGCAUAAUAAACUUCUUCAAGUUGAUCCCUUGUGUUCAAGGCCCAAAUUUUGGUCUGUGGCAGGAAAAAUUCGAUGGCCAGCUUUUGGGAUUUUUAUGAUUUAUGUUGUGACUCUGUCCAUUUUUCCUGGAUUUAUAGCUGAAAAUCUAGAAUCCAAGCUUCUUCGAGAUUGGUAUCCUAUUCUGCUGAUCACAAUUUAUAAUAUUGCAGAUUUGUUGGGAAAGUCUCUGACUGCAAUCUACCUUCUAAACAGUAUUAAAAUUGCUUCAUGGGCUUGCAUUGCCAGGCUUAUGUUCUAUCCACUCUUCACAGCUUGUCUGCAUGGACCAAAGUGGCUAAAAACUGAGGUACCAGUGGUAACUCUAACUUUUAUGCUUGGAUUAACCAAUGGAUAUCUUACAAGUGUCUUCAUGAUCCUCACUCCCAAGUCUGUACCAGUUUCAGAAGCAGAGAUUUCUGCAAUUGUAAUGAUUGUUUUCCUGGGACUUGGUUUGGUUGCUGGUUCAGUUCUUGGUUGGUUCUGGGUUAUUUGAGCUUUAUUAGUUGAUCUUUAGUUGACAAUGAGGUUAGUUUCAUAGUUUGCUAGAACCUUGUCAAAGAAAGCCCAUGUAAGAUGAAUAGAGAAGAUCAAAUCCAAACAAUAACUCAUCUGUAAUCUCAAUUUAGUAGUAGUGAACCUGCAGUUUAGUUAAUCUAGAUUUAUUUUCUUCUUUCAAAUGACAGCACAUCCAUUUGGUACUUAU